GGUUCUGCUUUCUCCCCCCCCCCCCUUUGCAGGUAUUUUGCAUUGCUGGCAGAUCUGAACUCGCCUCCUGAAAGAGAUGGACGCCGAGAGAGGGGAGGACGCCGACUUCCGGCUGAUCCUGGUCGGAAAGUCCGGAGGCGGGAAGAGCGCCACGGGCAACACCAUCCUCGGCCAGAGGGCCUUCGACUCCAUCUUGGCUGCAAGGAACACCACCCUGAGGUGCCAAAAGGGCCAAGGAACUUGGCAGGGCAUGAAGAUCUCCGUGGUCGACACGCCCGGCAUUUUCGAUUCGGACAACUACACGGAGAUUGUGCGACGCGAGAUCAUGGCUUGCGUUCAGCUCUCCUGGCCCGGCCCCCACGCCCUGAUCUUGGUGACCCAGGUGGGGCGCUUCUCUGCCGAGGACGCCGCCGCCGCCAUGUAUGUCCGGGAUAUCUUUGGGCCCGAGUCCGCCAGGCACACGAUCGUCCUCUUCACCUGCCUGGAGGAUCUGGGCGGGGAUCCCCUGGAGGAGUACGUCCAAAAGUCCGACAAUCGGAAUUUGCAGGAUCUGAUCUGGCAGUGCCGGAACCGCUACUGCGGCUUCAACAACACGGCCGCCGGAGCCGAGCGGGAGAGGCAGGUCUCGGAGCUGAUGGAGACGGUGCAGAGAGUCGUUUUUGAAAACGGGGGGAGAUCCUACGUCAACCAGCUGUACUUGGAGCCCCACCUGCGUGACGAGCAUGUCAAGCGGUUCGUCGAGCAGAACCGAAACGCCCGCCAAAGGUUCAGCCACCCGAUCUUCCUUCCGCUCUGGUUGGCCUUUUGCAUUUUCAAGAGGUUGUUUUCCCGCGUCAGGAAAGCGUUUGUCGUUGUGUACCGCUACUUAUUCUCUUAAGGUUCGAAUUACGGCUUCACGUUGCCUCCUGGUCACAAAACGAUGUAGCAGCUCGUCCGCGACUUACGACCGCAAGAGAGCCCCAAAUUUCUGUCCCUAAUGUGUUCAGUGAGUUUUUUUGACCCCCUUGAUGACCGGCCUUACCCCGGUUCUUAAGCGAGUCACUGCAAUUGAUAAAUUAGUCCCUUGGUCGUCAAGGGAAUCUCGCUUCCCCGUUGACUUUGCUUGUUCGCAAAAAGGGGAAUCGCGGGACCUCCGGGACGCUGCAAUCGUCGUAAAUACGAGUCAGUUGCCAAACGUCUGAAUUUUGAUCACGCGACCCCGGGACGCUGCGACCGUCCUAAAUACGAGUCGGUUGCCAAGUGUCCGAAUUUUGAUCAUGCGACCCCGGGACGCUGCGACCGUCCUACAUACAAGUCGGUCGCCAAGUGUCCGAAUUUUGAUCACGUGACUCCGGGGAUGGUGCGGCGGUCAUAAAAGUGUAGAAACUGGUCGUCAGUCACUUUUUUUCAGUGCCGCUGUAACUCUGCACGGUCCCUAAGCAAACUGUUGUAAGUUGAGGACUAUCCUGUAAUUUUUGUUCCCCUUUGUUCGAGAAGUAUACAAUCCAAGAUGCGCGGGAACGUCUUUUCUUGUUCUGUGUCCGCUUCUCUCUUUUCCUUGGCCGGCCGAAACGGGGCUGGGGGUGUCCGCCGGGGGUCUUCCCAACCUUUCCUGGACUCAGUGAGAGAAGCGGAUGCUCAUUUUUGAAGAUUUCCCUCUGUCUUCCCCAAGGAUAGCAGAAUCGUGUCCUUCUCCAUGCCGCCGUAGGCCUUGCCCUCAUCCCAAGUAUGGCGGUAGCAAAGGAGCCUUUUCCCGCUUAAUCCGACAGUAUCCCAGAUGGGUGAAAUCAGUUCUACACGUAGUCCUCAACUUAACAACACUUUCAGUGGCCGUUCAAAGUUACAAUGGCACGCAAAAAAAGUGACUGACGAUCGGUUUUCCCGUGACCUUUGCAACAUACCCCAUGAUCACAUAGUCUACAUUCGGAUGCUUGAGAACUGACUCGUAUUUAUGACGGUUGCGGUGUCCUGGGAUCGUGUGAUCCUCUUUAGCGACCUUCCGACACGUCAAGUCAAAGGACCAGGUGGAUGUGAGACGGGAUAAGACGAGACAAACUAAGAGGAAGUCUCGUGGAAUUGCGCAGCAGUUGUCCAGAAGAAAUUGGAGACACUUAACAUAACCCGGUUGAGUUUUCCGUAUUAUAAAUGUAUUUCCCGCUCUAAUUUAGAGAGGUAUUAUAAAUGUAUUUCCGUAUUAUAAAUGUAUUUCCCGCUCUAA